AUGGCGAUGUUCAAGGAAUUGCCGGAAGACUUGGUAACACAGAUUCUGCUAUGGCUUCCGGUCGUCUCUCUCUUGCGAUUCAAGUGCGUCUGCAAAUCCUGGUACGCUCUCAUUACUCACCAAAACUUCAUAACAAAACACCUUCUACAGAAGAAGAACAGCAACAACAGGAGCAACACCCAGCUUCUCCUUAAACUGCGCGACCUAAGAUGGAAUUAUGUUGUGUACACGCUUGAUUACGAAACACUCCAAGUAUCCCUUACACAAUCUCUACCUCCACUGUUUUCUUUUGGGGACUACGAGGAGGGUGGGAUUUAUGUGGUGGGUUCUUGCAAUGGACUCGUUUGUCUCCACGGUAAUUCAAUAUAUGAAUUCAAUGUUGUUAUAUGGAACCCUGCAACUAAAGAAACAAAGGUCGUCCCCGAGUCAAACGUACCCCCUUUGGCUUGUAUCGGAUUUGGUUUUGAUGCCAAAACUAAUGACUACAAAAUAAUCAACAUUCGUUUUCUCUUUCAUCCCCACUCUAACUCUAGAAAUUAUCCAUACCAAAAUUAUUCAUACCAAAAAGCGGUAUACAGUUUAAAUGCCGAUUCUUGGAGAAUAGUUGACUGGGAACACAGGAGGGUGCAUUUUCUUACAGAUGAUUAUAAGGGUCCGAUGACAUACGUCAACGGGGUGGCUUCUUGGCGGGUACUUGGUGAUGGUUAUGAUUGGGGGGGUGUUUUGUCAUUUGACAUGAGCGACGAGGUAUUCCUAGAAACACCGCUGCCGGAUGUUGUUAUGAGGAAUCGCGAUCCAAAUUUUUGGGAAGAGUUAUUUUUGUUGAAUGAAUCGAUUGCUAUGGCAGUUAGUUCUCAUUCUGAAGAUUGGUCGAAUGUUUGCUUUGAUAUAUGGUUGUUGCUUGAAGUUGGCGUUAAAGACUCUUGGACUAAGCUUUUCACUAUUGGACCGGGAAUUCCACGACCGUUAGGAUUUUGGAAGAAUGGCACUAUGUUCUUGGAAAAUGUGAAUGGACUAGUCUUGUAUGACCCCUCUACCAAAGAAAUGACUGAUCUCCAAAUUCAUCAUAGACACAGAGACUCGAUGCAGUUGGUUACUUACAUGGAGACCCUAGUUUCUGUCAAGGGAGGAAAUGGAUUUGAAGAGCAGGAUAUAUAG